AUGGCUUCCAAUGCAAGAUAUCCGACAUCUGCAUCAGAUUGGCAGCCGUAUCGGGCUCUGAUCACACGCCUCUACAAGGAUGAGGAUCGCACAUUGGAAGAUGUCAUGAAGGUUUUGAAAACACAAUAUGGGUUUAGAGCAACCAACAAAAUGUUCAAAUCCCGGAUCAAGAGCUGGGGUCUCGAUAAGCAUAACAAAGCUUACGAGGUUGAAGAAAUACUCCGCCUUCUGGCAGCCAGGGAAACAAUCGGGAAAGACACGGUCUUCUUACUUCGAGGACGGCCCGUAGAUCUCGCUGCUAUUGAAAAGUCUGCACGACGAAAACGAUCCCGAGUGGCUGGGAGGUCAAAAAAGCCCGCCCACAUCAACAUAAGCACGACACGGACAGUCAUAGACCUGAUAUGCCUUACGCCACCUCCAGUCCCGUUAUCUUUACUUGAUCCAGAUAGACUCCGCAAUGCGCACUGCUUCUUGCACUUCUCCCAAGCCUUCGUCCAGGAUUCACUGCACUCUGGGAAUUGGACGCUGCACAACGAUCUACUGGGGUUCGCAUGCCUACAAUGUCCGAUAUAUCCCACGGGUGCCCCAAAUGCGGUUUUUCAAUCGAUAGAAAGAGGCAUCAGGUGGUACACGUCUGGAGAAGUCACCCAGGCGUACCGACAAUGGCGACUGGCUUUCUCACAACUGCCAUUGAUCGUUUCUUCUCCAGAUCCGUCACAACUGGUCGGUCUCAUCGAUCUCAUUAGCCAUCUGGCAGCAUGUGAAAGUCAAGUUGCGGGCCUGUUGCUUCGAUAUCUGGGCGAGCUCUCCAGCCGUGACCGACACUGUUCUCGCUCGUCACUGGCAAUGCUUCGAAGCCUGAGUCGACUGGAAGUCAAAGACUUGUCCGAAAUCGCUGAACGAUCCAAGGAUUGCUUUCUAGAGAUUUUCGGCCGCCACUUCCCAUUCGACACGUUCUUCUUCGUAGAUUCGGGAAUUAUCUUGAUGAAGCCGAAUGGAAGGAGAGAAACGGCAGGCUCUGGAACGUCACAGAUCGGUGACAUGACGUUGAACCUAGGGUCCUACGACGGUGAAGACAUUCGGGGUCCCACACGAAUUCUGGAGAUCCUGAUACCUCCAGAACAGUAUCCAGUCGCAGAAGAGCUUGCAUUGGUGCACAUGCAAAGGCUGAGGCAGAUGAAGCUUGACGAAAGUGUCGCUACGGCCAUCUCACACGUUCUCAGCUGUUUGGUACAUCUCUACUUAUCCCAACGAGACUAUGAAAAAGCGCAUCAGGGUCUCAUGAAUAAAUUGGACCAUCAUUUCGAGAUGCUGCGAGCUCAGCAAGCUGGCCUCUCUGAGGAGUCUAUGCUCUCGACAUAUUCUUUGCUGGAGAUCUUGGCGCGCGAACUCGGAAGGAGUGAAGAUGUGUCCAAAUGGAGCCUCGCAUACUUUCAACUCAAGAAUCAAACCGACGUGUUGGCCGAGAACGAAAAGUCAACUUUGCAGGCAAUGAGUAAAGGGAGUCACCAGAACACAGCCAUCGCCAUCGAAGUUCAAGAUCCACCAAGAUUUCCAACGCUCGAGAUAGAACCACUGGCACAUGUUGACGAUAGUCAUGAUGCCUCAGCUACCAACCCUUCGUAG